GUGUUGUUUUGAACUCCGCUCUGUCAUUGGCAUCUGAUCUCGGCGUCCUUCGUGGCAACUGAUUCCCAGAUUAUUGAUAUUAUUGAUUGUUGGAUACAUCGAUUGAUCGUCUGCUUCUCCCAUCAUUCAGGUUUGACCCUUGUUAUCACACUGUGGUUUGUAUUCAGUAUGUCUUGUGUUCAUUACAGGUUUCAGAGUCGACUCACCUACGACUCGCUCCAGUUUGAGGGCCUCAACAUCACUGUGGGAGAGCUGAAGCGGCAGAUCAUGAGGCGCGAGAGGCUGAAGUUCUGCCAGCUGAAGAUCAGCAAAGCCCAAACUGAUGAAGAAUACACAGAUGAUGAUGCUCUCAUCCCCAAAAACACGUCGGUCAUCAUCAGACGGGUCCCUGCGGCUGGACUGAAGUCCACCAACAGAAGAUUUGUUGGGUAAGUCAUGUGAAAUGAGCGCAAUCGUCCUCUGAUAGAUGUUAUAUCAAGAGUUUGAGUCUGUCUGUGGUGUUUUAGUCACACAAGCUCCUUUGUUUUGUUUUGCAGACA